AUGGGGGAUAUUAUAUUUAAAGUAGAACUUACAAAAGUGCCUGAUAAAAUCAAUUUUCUCUGUGUAGAUGAGAUUUUAAGUUUUGUUGCAAGUUCUUGCUGUUCAAGAUAUAGAAAAGCAAUUCAUAUUGCUUUUUUUUGGAUGAUUUCUGUUGGGAGUAUAAAUGAAAGGAAGGGGCUGAGUUUGAGGUAUGGUUUUGAAGGUGGAAAGAUGGAAAUAACGACGACUGAUAUCGAAGAAGGGGAAGCUUGUUUUCAGAGUAAUAAUUAUGAUGAUACUUCAACAAUUGACCCUGAUAUCUCUCUCUCUUAUAUUGAUGAGAAAAUUCAAAAUGUUUUGGGACAUUGUCAGAAAGAUUUUGAGGGUGGAUUUACAGCUGAAAAUUUGGGGGCAAAGUUUGGGGGAUAUGGUUCGUUUUUGCCCACUUAUCAGCGUUCUCCUGUUGGGCCUCAUCCAAAGACACCUUUGAAACUUGGUGCAUACAGUGCACCUGAAUCUCCAAAUCCAAAUAAUGUACAUAUAGAGGCUUCCCAAUCAAGUGCAUCACAACCAGCAAGAAAAGGGUCAUCUGCAUCUGCUAAUGGCAGAUUGAAACAAGAAGUCUCCACAUCUUGUGGUGACAAAUCAACUUCUAAAGGCUACCAAUCUGUUAACAACUUAACUAAAGAUUCUGACCAAAAGUCUCUGAAGGUGAGGAUCAAAGUUGGCUCUGAGAACUUGUCGACUAGAAAAAAAGCUGAAAUUUACAGUGGACUUGGCCUUGAUGUCUCUCCCUCAUCUUCAUUGGAAUCCAGUCCUGUAGACAGUAAUGGGUUCUUUCAUGUGCCUCAAGAUGACCAUAAUGAAUCUCCCACUAGUAUUCUUGAGAUAAUGACAUCAUUCCCGGUUUUGGGAAGUCUUGUAUCUCCUCUUCCUUAUGAUGUUUUGCACUUGAUUGAAAAAGAAAAGGUGAGCCAAGAAAGCAGUGUGACAGCUCUUCAUGGGUCUGAUUUGAGUAAAGUUGAUCAAGAUGUUGUUGGAGACUUGUUUGAUAUAGCAAAAGAGGAACCCAUGGAGCCAGUAUUUCCAACAGAUGGUGGUUCAGGUGGAAAGAUUUGGGAAGCUAACAACAUGACUUGUGAUGAAAAGAACCCGGUUUUCUCUAUAAAAACGGAUUCAGAUGUGUCAAUUGGCAGCAAGAUUUUUGAUAGUGGACCAAUGAAGCCUCUAAAGCAGAGGGAUGAUCAGAAAGCUAUGAAAUUGGCUCCAGAUAAAACAUCAUCUUCAGGGGGGAAAAGGAAAUCAAAAGGUCUAGCUAAUGGUUCACAAGGCGGUUUAAAGAAUGAAUCUUUUACAUCUAAAAGUAAGAAUAAUGAAGAUCAUAAGAAAAAUAGCGAGAAGGUCAAGGACACCUACAAAGAUAUCUUUGGAGAACCUGAUUUAGAACACGAAGAUGAUGAUGAAACGGGUUUGGAGAAACCUUAUGGAGGCAAUAAUGGAAAAGUCAAACUGGAAAAUGAUAGUUUAUCCGGAGAGAGAGAAAGAUUAAUCGGAAAAAAAAGUGAAAAACCAUCUUCACAUGUGACUACAAUGGGCAAUGGGCUAGUUUCUGAUGCAGCUGUCCCUAUGAUAGCCCCUUUAGUGAAUGAAGAUUGGGUUUGUUGUGACAAAUGUGAGAAAUGGAGACUUCUUCCACCUGGUGUAAAUCCCAGCAGCCUUCCUGAGAAGUGGCUCUGUAGCAUGCUUGAUUGGCUGCCUGGAAUGAAUCGGUGUAGCAUCAGUGAGGAAGAAACAACAAAGGCUAUGACCUCUCGUGUUCUUGGUCCUUCUGUUCAAGGUGUUCAACCUGUUCAUCCUGGUGGACCUCAAUUAGGAGUGACCUCACAUGAUCCUGAUGGGACCCACCAGCAUUUCGGUCCACAAAUUCCACAUGCUGGUUUCAAGAAAAAACAUGGAUCAAAAGAUCUACCAAAUGAAGCCAAGCUGGAUAGGCCCUCCAUGUCUUCUAACUCUUCAAAAAAGAACCUUCAUGCCUCAUAUAGAAAUGCCACAAACCCUUCACCUGUUAAUGGAAUAGAUUUUCAAGAUUCUGGUCAUUCAAGGGAUGUGAAUGUGGUUGGACAAAAGAAAAAACUGGAUGAAGGUAACAAUAACCAUCACUCCAAGAUCAGCAACAAAAGAAAGAGUACUCAGGAUUUCCCCAAAGAUUGCAAGAAAGUCAAGACCAAUGUUGAGGAUGGAACAUUCCACAUGGGAAAUUUUGAUAAAAGAGAUGUUGCAAAGAAAAGAAAAAGAGAAAAUGAACUCGAUGGUGCCCCGAAAUAUGUGAAAGAAACAAGUGAAACCAACCACAAGAGGGAAAAGAAAGCAAAGAUAUUAAACCCUGAAGAUGAAGGAGUCCCUGCAAAAAAAGGUAAAAACAAUGAAGAUGUGAAAAUGAGGAGCUUGAAGGUGAUAGAUUCUUCAAGAAAAGAUACCGUUAUGGCUGCCACUUCAAGCUCUUCGAAAGUUUCUGGUUCACAUAAAACUAAAACCAAUAAUAACCAAGAAGCAAAAGUGUCGCCGGUGGGGUCCGUUUCUUCUUCUCCUCUUCGGAUCUUGAAUAAUAAUAAUAUUAAGAAGAAGAAUAAAGGCGUUGAGCCUUUGAAGAAGAAUGUUUAUGAAGAAAAAUCAAAAGAAGGAAGAAACAAAUCACAAGGUAAGUUUACAAAUGAGAAUGGUAAAACACAUGGGCAAUCAAAGCAUAGGUCGGAUGUUAGAAUGGAUCAAGAUUCAAAGAAAACUUCAAGGAAAGAUGUAACCAGAAAAGCAAAGUCAAAGUCUUUGCCACCAAGGGGUCAAAAUGAAAAAGAAGGUUUUUCACAACCUCUUGAUGACUCUCGAAAAGAAAAUGUGGCAUUAAAGCAUCAUAAGAAAGAUCAGAACAAUAAUGGAAAUCAGCCUAUGAAUGUUAAACAUCCCAGUCCCACACCCAACAUGCAUAAGGAUAAGGGAAAGGACCAUGAUGCCCCUGUUCUUCUUAUGGUUAAAGAUAUAUCCAAUCAGGCUACAACAAGUGCUCUAAGAGAGGCCACAAAUCUUAAACACACAGCUGAUCGCGUGAAGAAUGGUGGAUCAAGCCUUGAGAGCAGAGGGCUUUAUAUGCAAGCAACACUUAAGUUUCUUCAUGUAGCUUCUGUGUUUGAAUCCUGCCAUAAAGAGACAGGGAGAUAUGGUGAUAUGAUACAAUCAGUGUCCAUAUACGGUAGCACUGCAAAACUCUGCGAGUAUUGUGCUCAUGAAUAUGAGAGAACCAAGGAGAUGGGCACUGCAGCUUUAGCCUACAAAUGCAUGGAGGUGGCAUACAUGAAAGUCAUCUAUUCUUCACAUGCAACUGCUACCAAAGAUGUGAAUGAGCUGCAAUCAUCUCUUCAGACAGGCGGGUCUCCUUCUUCUGCCUCUGCAUCUGCUUCUGCUUCUGAUGUUGAUAACCUGAACAACCCCGCAGCAGCCGUAGCUAUUGACAAGGGUGUUAAUAGUAAUAGUAAUAGUAAUAGUAAUAAUACUGGAAAUCAUGUAAUAAUUGCAGCCCGACAGAAACCCAACUUUACACGGAUUCUUAGCUUUGCACAGAAUGUGAACUAUGCAAUGGAAGCCUUGAGGAAAUCACGGAUUGCUUUUGCGGCCUCCACUUCAAAAGAGGAGGCCAUUAAAACAGCUCUUGACUUCAACUUUCAUGAUGUCGAGGGAUUGCUGCAUCGGGUGCGGGUGGCAAUGGAAGUAAUUAAUAGAUGA